UCGUUUCAGUAUUUUGCCAGUACUCUUCAAGCAUGCUAGCUGAAGAAAACAGCCAACCAUGAACCUCCCAGUUGGUCUGAUUGCGAUAUUUAUCCUGGUAUCAGAAUGCCAGGGGCGGAAUGAAGAGGAGCGUCUCAUCAAUUACUUGUUCAAGGAGCGCGGCUACAACAAGGAGCUUCGACCGGUUGAAAAGAAAGAUGACGUGGUCCAAGUGGACCUGAGCAUGACACUCUCAAACCUUAUUUCACUGAAAGAAGUAGAUGAAACACUCCUGACCAAUGUGUGGAUUGAGCAUGGGUGGACCGAUCCCAGGCUUUCUUGGAAUUCAUCUGAGUUUGACGGGAUAGCCGAGCUACGUCUGCCCCCUAGCAUGGUCUGGCUUCCAGACAUUGUUUUGGAGAACAACAAUGAUGCCCAAUUCCAGGUGGCCUACUACUCCAACGUGGUGCUAUAUGAGAGCGGCUUCAUAUACUGGCUGCCCCCCGCUAUAUUCCGCAGCUCCUGCACCAUCAACGUCAACUACUUCCCCUUUGACUGGCAAAACUGCACACUGAAGUUCAGCUCUUUGACCUAUAACUCUAGAGAGAUCAGUAUGCAUUUGAAAACAGAUGCAGAUGAAAAUGGAAACAGUUUCACUGUGGAAUGGAUCGUCAUCGACCCUGAAGGUUUCACAGAAAACGGCGAGUGGGAGAUCAUUCACCGGCCAGCGAAGAGGAACUCCUACAAGAGUAUCCCACAAGAGAGCAACAAACACCAGGACGUCACCUUUUACCUCAUCAUCAAGCGCAAGCCCCUGUUCUACAUCGUCAACAUCAUCAUCCCGUGCGUCCUCAUCUCCUUCAUGGCCUCUCUGGUCUACUUCCUACCUGCUGACAGUGGAGAGAAGAUGACCCUGUCUAUCUCUGUGCUCCUGGCCCAGUCUGUGUUCCUGCUGCUGAUCUCUCAACGGCUUCCUGAAACCUCCAUGGCCGUCCCCUUGAUCGUCAAGUACCUGAUGUUUAUCAUGGUGCUGGUCACAGUGGUGGUGCUAAACUGUGUCAUCGUGCUGAAUCUCCAUUUCCGCACUCCCAGCACUCACAUCAUGACUGCAUGGACCAAAGACUUCUUCCUAGAGUGGCUGCCGCGGCUGCUGCGCAUGUCUCGGCCAGCCGACAGUGAGCCCAAGUGGGACGGGGCGCUACCGAGGCGCUCCAGCUCCGUCGGCUACAUCGCCAAGGCGGACGAGUACCACUGCGUCAAGUCCCGCAGCGAGCUCAUGUUCGAGCAGCAGUCCCGGCGACACGGCAUGGAGACACGCCCCACACCUGCCGUCUGCAAGUCGAACCUGGAUGAUGAUGGUGAGGUGACACAACAGCUCUUCAGUGAGAUUAAACCUGCUGUAGACGGAGCCAAUUACAUCGUCAAACACAUGCACGACAAAAACGACUACAACGAGGAAAAGGACAGCUGGAGUGGGAUAGCCAGGACGGUGGAUCGGCUCUGCUUCUUCCUGGUGACUCCGGUCAUGACGCUUGGCACCAUCAUUAUCUUCCUAAUGGGCAUCUACAACCAUCCUCCCCCACUGCCCUUUGAAGGAGACCCCCACAACUACCUGGAAUCCAACCCACGACUCAUAUGAGCAUGCAACUGGGGGCGCUGUGCUGUGGUGUAGUAAUGGGUUAGCACCCAUUAGGGUUACCACCUCUGUCUGACAAAAAACCUGGACAUUUCAAACUCAUCUAACUUUUUGCUUGUAUACAAUGGCAUCCUCUCAGUGUCCAUGAAAUACCUUUUUUUCUGGCACAUCCCAUUAAAAAUCAGGACAAUCAGGAAAAAACGGAACAGGUGGCAACACUAGCACCUAUGCCAUAUGAGGCUAUUUCCCAUGGGGUCCUCCUAUGUUCAAAUCCAGUGUGGGUAAUUUCCCCAGCCUACCCCUACUCUCAUUAAACAUGUACACUAUAUGCACAGAAAACUGGUCACUGGGGCAGGAUACUUUCUGAGGAGUAAUAAUGUACCAGUCAAAGUGAAAUAAUGGUGCAAUAAAGGUAACAUAUGGUAUCACAAAGAUCUCAUAAAAAUUACUCUCCCCCACUGAACUUUGAGUUUGCCAGCUGUCCCGUGACCCUCCACUGAGCUAAAGGCCUCGGUCGAUAGUUCAGCAAGGCUUUGGGAGGGAGGUUUACUAAUCUCAUGUGAACAAACAACCCCUCCAGAUGCAUGUAUUGCUGUGAAUUAGGUUACUGAUAACAUUUAUAGUUGGGGUGAGAAUGGGAAAGCUGCAUAGUUCAGGAAGGUGGAGAAUGCAUGCACAUCAGUGGUACAGGUGCUGGACAAAAUAGAGUAACUGAAAUAAAUGAUGGAAGUCCGCAACACUGUUAAUGCUCCCAGUGAUUUAUUUGCACGACGUUUCGGACCUUCGUCCUUUCUCAAGUGCAGCUGCAUAGUUGCCUACCAAUUGACUUACAGGUUUCUGUUGCAGGAAAAAAAAAAAACCCUAAAUGCCAGCCUUUCUUUUUUUGUUGUCAUUUGUCUGUUUGAUGAGGUAGCCUAUAUAGGCCUACGUACAUUAAAAUGGUGGUUAUUUCUGAAAAUAUGGGAUUUCUAAGAGCAAAACAAAUAUUUUGUGUGCGAUGUGCAAUUAACCAAAUAAUUUAUUUGUUAUGUUGUUUGGGUUUAAAAACUGUAGAAAGAAUGUUUGGUCUUGCCAUAUUAGUCUGUGUCUAGAGAUUCAUUUUAUACACAAAAUAAAC